CGGGAUCGGAUCAUUAUCGGUAUUCGGCCCGUUCUAUGCCGAGGCCGAGCUGCUACAUCAAAAAAAUAUGAGGGUACUCCUACUACUGAUGUCGAUACGCCAAUAUCCACAGCUUGAUUAGACCAGACUGGCUCACGCCAAUGCAAUGCUACGGAAUGCGUCAAUUGGAGUCCACGCCAGCUCUCGCUGCUCACGUUCUCGCCAUACAUCGCUCUUCCGCAGACCAUGUGCAGCCCUGACUCUCCCCGCAUUACCAUUUCUUUACUGGACCCCGACUCCCACCCAUUCGAGAAACGUCAAGCCGCAAUCGUGGAGAUCUCUCCAUGCUCGUCAUGUUGAAGACAAAUGGGGACCCCCGGUCAUUAGGAAGAUAGCCGUGUCAAAAGCACCCGCACGAAUGCAAUCCGAUGUAUUGGCGGAAGCCCUCCAGACUACCAUAUAUGCUUUGUCUUCUGCCCCCGGCUGCGCGGGCAUUGCUGUCGUUAAAAUAUCCGGCCCGGCCUGUCUUGAAGUCAGUAUUCCACACGUAGAAUGGGCCACAAGAAAAUCAAGCUACCUAUGAUUUCUAACGCCCGGCCUAGAUAUACUAUGCGAUGUUGAAGAAAGAUCGGCCACCGCCGGCACCACGACGAGCCGAUACAAGACCGCUAUAUCAUCCCCUCGAUGUCCCCCGCCGCCUGCUAGACGUAGCGGUGGUGGUCUUUUUCCCACAGCCCUUCACACAAACAGGACAGGAUCUGCUAGAAUUUUAUAUCCACGGAGGAAAUGCGACGGUGAAAGGAGUUCUCAAUGCCAUCGCAGCGGUCCCUUCACAAUCCCCCAUUCGCUACGCUGAGGCAGGCGAGUUUACUCGUCGAGCAUUCUAUUAUGGAAAAUUGAAUAUUGCGCAAGUGGAGGCAUUGGGGGACCAAUUAGCAGCAGAGACCGAGCAACAACACCGCGUUGCUCUGCAAGGGCAGUCAAAAACUGCUACCCUGCAAUACGAGAGUUGGAGGAAGACACUACUGGAGGCGCGGGGCGAAAUGGAAGCCUUGAUUGACUUUUCCGAAGAUCAACACUUUGACGAAUCUCCUACAAAUCUGUUGAAGGGUGCUACGGAAAAAGUCUCGGGGAUUCUCGCAGUAAUCGCAAAUCAUAUCAAGGCUAGCCACUGCGGAGAGUUGCUUCGAAAAGGCAUACGCCUAUCCUUGAUUGGUCCUCCUAAUGCUGGAAAAAGUUCAUUGAUGAAUCUUAUUGUCGGUCGCGAAGCAUCGAUUGUAAGCCCCGAAGCCGGUACCACUCGGGACAUUGUGGAGGUAAGUCUCGAUAUGCGGGGGUAUCUAUGCACUUUCGCCGAUACAGCCGGCUUGCGUGAACUCCCUGGAGCAGAGGGAACUGGUACACGCAAGCUCGUAAGGCGUACAAUGUAUGACCGUUCACCAACCCCACCUUCAAUUGAGCACGCACAAAGAGCUAGCAUUGAGAGGGAAGGUAUACGACGUGCGAGGGCAAAGGCUUCGGCAUCAGAUUUGGUGAUAGUUCUCGCGUCAGUAGAAGAGUCCUCUGCUUCACCAGAGAAAUUUGAAAUACUUUUUGAUGGCGAGUCACUUGUAUUAGCCAGUGCAGCACCUUCAGCAAUCGUUGUAGUUAAUAAAUGCGAGCGAAUAUCACAUCGGGUCUUGGAGCGGCUACUUGUCCAAUUCAAAAGCGAGACAAACGCUUUCAUCGAGAAUAUUGAGAUAGUCACGAUAUCUUGUUUGGAUGCGCAGAGAUACGAACCAUCGGAAGAAGAUGAGGAUCCGGGAAAUAUACAUUUUUUGACUGACAAAAUGGUCAACAUCUUUGAAAGUAUGACGGACCUUCCGUCAGAUUUAGCAGAUGCUGUUGGCGUUUCAGAACGCUCGAGGCAACUACUUUCCAGUGCUUCUCAAUUUCUGGAAGAAUAUAAACGCGAGGCUACAAAAGGACAAGAACUCUCGCAUGGCGGGGAACCAGAUAUCGUCAUCGCUGCUGAACAUUUGAGGGAGGCAGCUAAAAGUCUUGCUCUCAUUACUGGACGUGGGGAUGUUGGGGAUGUAGAGGACGUUCUGGGUGUUGUUUUUGAAAGGUGAGUUUAAUCGUUUUUCUCAUGCUGCAAGCCUUGGCUAACUUGUAUUGUUAGAUUUUGCGUUGGGAAAUAGAUUCUCGCAUCUAUACUGCUCUGUAUGUAUGAACAUAUGUAAAAUAAUAAGGCGAAAGCGACACGUAUGAUACCCUGGACUCUUUUUCAUAUUGAGUAGACGUCAAUCUCAAUUCAUGUACACUAGUUCCUUUCCACUCUUUUUAUGAUAUGCUUGAUAGUGAGGUUUCUUGCCGCUCUGACGCUAUUCUACUACUC